AAACUAACCAUGAAGAAAAAUACUAUCAAUACACAGCGCUCUUUUGUAAACAUCCCCAGUGUGAUUGUACCAGAUGUGGAAAAUGAAAUGAGAAGGAUGGAAGAUGGAGCAUGCAGCUCCCUUUCUGAUGAUGACGACGGUGCCUCUAUAUUUGAAAACUCUGAGAGUGAAAACCCCCACGCGAGGGAUCCCUUCAGAAGGGGAGGACCAUCACAGAAGGAGCAGUCCCUGCCUGGUGUCAUCGCACUUUUCAAUGUUAACAACAGCAGCAAUAAGGAGCAACAGCCAAGAGAAAACAAGAAAAAGAAAGGAGAGAAGAAGAGCAAGUCAGAUGAUAAAAAUGAAAAUAAAAAGGACCCAAAGAAGAAAAGGAACAAAGAGAAGCAAAAGAAAGAGGGAAAAAGAGACAAAGAUAAGAGAGAAGAGGAGAAGAAGGAAGUCAUGGUUAUUGAUCCCUCAGGAAACACAUACUACAAUUGGCUGUUUUGCAUCACCUUACCUGUCAUGUACAACUGGACUAUGGUUAUUGCAAGAGCAUGUUUUGAAGAACUCCAGUCUGAUUACCUAGCAUCCUGGCUCGUUUUUGAUUACUUGUCAGAUGUAGUCUAUCUUCUCGAUAUGUUUGUACGAACAAGGACAGGUUACCUAGAACAAGGACUGCUGGUGAAGGAAGAGCUUAAACUCAUAGAGAAAUAUAAAUCAAAUUUGCAAUUUAAACUUGAUGUUCUAUCAGUGGUACCAACUGACCUGCUGUAUUUUAAGCUGGGGUGGAACUAUCCAGAAAUCAGAUUAAACAGGCUGCUAAGGGUCUCUCGAAUGUUCGAGUUUUUCCAGAGAACAGAAACAAGGACAAACUACCCGAACAUCUUCAGGAUUUCUAACCUUGUGAUGUACAUCGUCAUCAUUAUCCACUGGAACGCAUGUGUGUACUAUUCCAUUUCCAAAGCUAUUGGAUUUGGAAAUGAUACGUGGGUCUACCCUGAUGUUAAUGAUCCUGAAUUUGGCCGUUUGGCUAGAAAAUAUGUAUACAGCCUUUACUGGUCUACACUGACUUUGACCACCAUUGGUGAAACACCACCUCCUGUAAGGGAUUCUGAGUAUGUCUUCGUGGUGGUUGAUUUCCUAAUUGGAGUCUUAAUUUUUGCUACCAUCGUUGGUAACAUAGGUUCUAUGAUUUCCAACAUGAAUGCAGCCAGAGCAGAAUUUCAAGCAAGAAUUGACGCCAUCAAGCAAUAUAUGCAUUUUCGAGAUGUAAGCAAAGAUAUGGAAAAGAGAGUUAUUAAAUGGUUCGACUACCUGUGGACCAACAAAAAAACAGUUGAUGAGAGAGAAGUCUUGAAGUAUCUUCCUGAUAAGCUAAGAGCAGAGAUAGCCAUCAGUGUUCACUUAGACACUUUAAAAAAGGUGCGCAUUUUUGCCGACUGUGAAGCCGGUCUGUUGGUGGAGUUGGUCUUGAAAUUACAGCCCCAAGUCUACAGUCCUGGGGAUUACAUUUGCAAGAAAGGUGACAUUGGACGGGAGAUGUACAUCAUCAAGGAAGGCAAACUCGCUGUGGUGGCAGAUGACGGAAUCACUCAGUUCGUGGUAUUGAGUGACGGCAGCUACUUUGGUGAGAUCAGCAUCCUUAACAUUAAAGGCAGCAAAGCUGGCAAUCGAAGAACAGCCAAUAUUAAAAGCAUUGGCUACUCAGAUCUGUUCUGUCUCUCAAAAGAUGACCUCAUGGAAGCUCUGACUGAGUACCCGGAUGCCAAAGGUAUGCUAGAAGAGAAGGGGAAGCAAAUCUUGAUGAAGGACGGUCUGCUGGAUAUAAAUAUUGCAGAUACUGGGAGCGACCCUAAAGAUCUUGCAGAGAAGGUCACGCGAAUGGAAGGGUCUAUGGACCUCCUGCAAACAAGGUUUGCUCGGAUCCUGGCUGAGUACGAGUCCAUGCAGCAGAAACUGAAGCAAAGGCUCACCAAGGUUGAGAAAUUUCUGAAACCACUUAUUGAAACAGAGUUUUCAGCCGUUGAAGGAUCUGGAGCUGAAAGUGGGCCCACAGACUCCACGCAGGACUGA